UGAAAGAAAAGCCUCAUUUUGUUUUGUGAGUGUUGGUGUAAUUCCGUCCGUAAUCGUUUAACGCUGGUAUUUGCACGGGCUACCAAUUGUGACCUGUAGAGCGGCGGACUUUCAUUUUAUUUUAUUAGCUUGUUUACUUGUUUUACUGGAAAUAAUUUUAUGUCCGCGGUGCAGAGAUACUGAGGAUCCUGCAGAGUGAUUCACUAAGUGAACCAAGAUCUACUUUAGCUUAAAAUGCCUGCUGAUUCCAUUGAGAAAAACACAGCAUCUCCGAUGGCUGGUGCCCCAGCAAAUGUCAUGCAAACUCCGGACAAACCAAAGAGUGCAAGCGAACACAGAAAGUCUUCCAAGCCCAUCAUGGAAAAGAGAAGACGAGCCAGAAUAAACGAAAGUCUUGGGCAGCUUAAAACUCUAAUUCUGGAUGCACUGAAAAAAGACAGCUCAAGACAUUCCAAGUUAGAAAAGGCAGACAUCCUGGAAAUGACAGUCAAGCAUUUAAGAAAUUUGCAACGAGCUCAGAUGACCGCUGCAUUGACUGCAGAUCCUACCGUCCUUGGAAAGUAUAGAGCCGGCUUUAACGAGUGCAUGAAUGAGGUGACCAGAUUUCUGUCCACUUGCGAGGGAGUGAACACCGAGGUCCGAACCCGCCUUUUAAGCCACUUGUCUGCUUGUCUAGGGCAGAUUGUGGCAAUGAACUAUUCCCACCAAGCUCCAGCAGGCCAGCCUGCCCACAUUGCUCAACCUCUGCAUGUACAGCUGCCAACUUCUGUCCCUCUUAAUGGGGUUACCAUGCCAUGUAAACUGAGCCCAACUGAGGCUGUUUCGCCAAAGGUAUAUGGUGGGUUCCAGCUUGUUCCAGCUACCGAUGGACAAUUUGCUUUUCUGAUCCCAAGUUCAGGUUUUGCUUCGACCGCAGCUAGCAGUCCCGUUAUUCCACUGUAUGCCAAUGCAAAUCUUCCAGUAAAUGUGGGUCCAGGAUCCACUCAUUGCAAUUCCACGGCGCCCUCUACAGGCUCACCAGUGCAAGCCAUAACGUCUUUUGGUUCCACUAUGCAACAGACUGUCAGUCCGAUCGGUAUGGGUUCCAGUCCAGAGAGCAACGAAUCUGUCUGGAGACCUUGGUAAAAGGCAAAAAAAAAAAAAAAAACAGACUUAAAAACUCUUUUCGAGUUCCAGGUGUAUGGUUCCGUUGUAUGGGACAUGACGUUUUUUUAAGAGACUUUUGUAUUUAAAAGUGUAUAUUUCCAAAAUUUGGAUGUUAGAAUCGUAUCUUUAUAUUGUUGAAAAGAGCAUUCAUUCAUUGAUACACUUUUCGCUAAGAAAUACUACUUUUGUAUAACUGUUAACAAAAAGUUGGGUUUUGCCAAAGUUAUUUCCAUAUUGUUUAACAGAUUUCCAAUUUACUGGGAGUCGAAAUGAAUAAAUAUUUUUUAAGUUAA